GUACAUGAACAGUAUGUUGGGUUCCCUGUCUUCGGACAGCGGAAUACCCUAUGAAACGUCGAAGAACGUUUUACCUAAAGAACUUGUGAAUAUUUUUGAAAUCCGGUCCUUUUGCGGCCAUCCUAUCUUCCACCAUGCCGACGAUUGGCAAAAGCUCGAAGAUGCUCCAACAUAUCAACUACAGAAUGCGGUGCUCAUUACAAGAUGGUCGCGUUUUUAUUGGAACCUUUCUCGCUUUUGAUAAACACAUGAACGUUAUUCUCGGAGAUUGUGAUGAGUUUAGAAAAGUCAAACCUAAAAGCAGUAAAGCACAAGAACGAGAAGAAAAACGAGUGCUUGGGUUAGUCUUACUUCGAGGUGAACAUCUUGUCUCAUUGACAGUUGAUGGACCGCCGCCGGCUGAUGAGAAAGCCAAGUCAUUAGGUGCUAAUGCAGCUCCUGGUCCUGGAGUUGGAAGAGCUGCAGGACGUGGAAUUCCUGCCCCAGUUGUUCCAACAAUUGCAGCACCACCUGGAUUAAGUGGGCCUGUAAGAGGUGUAGGUGGACCAGCUCAACAAAUGAUGACACCGCAAGGAAGAGGAGGUCCUCCACCAGGAAUGCCUCCAGGUAUGCAAGUAAGAGGACCUCCGCCACGCAUGGGAGGACCACCUGGAAGUGGAAUGCAAGGUGGAAGAGGUGGUCCUGGAGAUAUGCCACAAGGAAUUCCUCAAAGCUUAAUGGGCCGUGGUGGACCACCUCCUGGUAUGCCCCCUCCUGGAAUGCCACCACCAGGAAUGAGAGGACCACCAGGAAGAAUGCCACCACCUGGUCUUAUGGGGAGGGGCCCCCCACCUGGCAUGCGACCACCACGUUAAUAUGCUUUGUGACUUGGAUUCAUGAUAYAUUAGGGACACAACCAUGGGUUUCAUGUUGAAACAUACAUUCUCUUGGUAUAUAGUUCAAAGAUGACCUCCAAAAGAAUAAAAGCCCGGCCCACCAUUUAUUUUAGAGUACUCUCUCAUACAAUCUUUCUCAUUUGUAUAAUUUAUGUAUAUAUCAACAUUAAAGUUUUGUAAGUCCUGGACAAAAUAAACUGUUAUCAUUGAGUAUUUUUAAUUAAAGUAACAUGUGGUGGA